CGUCAGCGUACACUUCAACGAGCGUGUCGAAAUCAGUUGUCAACGUGUUGAUUCGCUAAGCAGCCAAUCGCAGACGAAGACUGUCUUGGACGAGUACGAACAUAUUUUAGCGAGUUCUUGAUGCCGCGUGCCCUCUGUAAAAGCUAAAUGUCUCAAACUGAUUCUGCUUCUGGAAAACAAUCAGAAAAUAUUGCACCGCCCGCAAAAAGGCGUAGACCUGAGGAAUCCAACGGAGAAGACAGUGCAACUCUGAAAAACGGUGGAUCCAUGGCCGCGCGAAAUGGAGCGAACGGCUCCCAAGCCCAAGACAUCGAUGAGAGUCUUUACUCGAGACAAUUGUACGUCUUGGGCCAUGAGGCUAUGCGCCGAAUGCAGUCGUCUGACGUUUUGAUCUCCGGCCUCGGCGGCCUAGGUGUCGAAAUCGCCAAAAAUGUCAUUCUAGGUGGCGUCAAGUCCGUCACUUUGCACGAUACGAAGCCGGUCUCUAACCUGGAUCUCUCCGCGCAGUAUUUCCUCACCAAGGACGAUAUCGGCAAGAAUCGCGCUGAAGUCUCAUGCCCUCGAGUGGCAGAGCUCAACAGUUACGUGACCGUUUCUGCGAGCACCGGAGAGUUGAGCGAAGACUUCCUCUCCAAAUUCGCCGUUAUUGUUUUGACUGAUUCUAUCCUCGACGAACAAGUCAAGAUCGACAAAUGGGCCCACUCGAAGGGCAAGUGUGUGAUCAUCGCCGACACCCGCGGUCUAUUCUCGAGAGUCUUCUGUGACUUCGGCCCCGAAUUCACGGUCUACGACACAGAUGGAAACCAGCCGCUGACAGCCAUGAUCGCAUCCGUCACCAAGGAUGUCGAAGGUGUCGUCACCUGCUUGGACGAAACACGGCACGGAUUCGAAGACGGUGACUAUGUCACGUUCAACGAAAUACAGGGUAUGGCCGAGAUCAACGGGAAGGAGUUCAAGAUCAAGGUCUUGGGACCCUUCACGUUUUCGAUCGGAGACACGAGCGCUUUCGGCGACUACGUCAGAGGCGGUAUCGCCACCCAGGUAAAAAAACCGGCUGUGCUCAAGUUCAAGACCAUGGAGGAGAGCUUGGCCGAUCCGAAGAUCGUCGAUGCCGAUUGGGCGAAAUUCGAACAUCCCACCAACCUUCAUAUCGCUUUCCUGGCGUUGGAUAAAUUCCGGAAAGCCAAGGGUAGAUAUCCCAAAGCGUGGAACGACGCCGACGCUGACGAGCUCUUCGCUCUGGCCAAGGAGGUCGCGGCCGGUAAGGAGCUCAACGAGAAGCUCAUCAAGAUCUUCGCGAAAGUCAGCUCCGGGAAUCUGUGUCCCAUGAACGCCGUCAUAGGUGGAAUUGCUGCUCAGGAAGUGAUGAAAGCCUCUUCCGGAAAAUUCACUCCCUUCAAUCAAUGGUUCUACUUCGACGCCAUCGAAUGCCUUCCCGCAGAUCAAGUCGUCGCGGAGGCCGAUGCCGAGGCCGACCCGUCCGAUCGAUACGCCGGACAAAUCGCUGUCUUCGGGAAAUCGUUCCAAGAGAAGAUCGCCUCCCAGAAAUGGUUCAUCGUCGGCGCCGGAGCCAUCGGUUGUGAGCACCUGAAGAACUUCGCCAUGAUGGGCGUGGGAACGGGUCCCAACGGAGGCAUGAUCGUCACCGACAUGGACGUCAUCGAGCGGUCCAACCUCAACCGUCAAUUCCUGUUCCGUUCGUGGGACGUCGGUCAGCUGAAGUCGAAGGCUGCCGCAAAGGCCGUCGCCAAAAUGAACCCUCAGGUCCGAAUCACAUCCCACGAAAACCGAGUCUCACCUGAGACCGAGCCCGUCUACAACGACGACUUCUUCGAGGCUCUCGACGGCGUUGCCAACGCGCUGGACAACGUCGAAGCCCGAACGUACGUCGACAGACGUUGCGUGUACUACCGGAAGCCGUUGCUCGAGUCCGGGACGCUCGGAACUAAGGGUAAUGUGCAGGUUGUCCUGCCCCACCUGACGGAGAGCUACAGCUCCAGUCACGACCCUCCGGAGAAGUCGAUUCCCAUCUGCACGUUGAAGAACUUCCCGAACGCGAUCGAACACACGCUGCAAUGGGCUCGUGACGAGUUCGAGGGGCUGUUCCGGACCGGCGCCGAGUACGCGAGUCAGUACAUCCACGAUCCGGACUUCCAUUCCAAGGCAGUGAAGAGCCCCGGUGCGAUGGGUCUGGAGAUCUACCAAUCGGUUAAGAAAGUACUUGUCGAUGAAAAACCCAGCACGUUCGAGGACUGCGUCGCCUGGGCUCGGCUCCACUUCGAAGAUCAGUACGCCAACCAAAUCAAGCAGCUGUUGCACAAUUUCCCCAAGGACCAAAUCACGUCGUCCGGAGCUCCGUUCUGGUCGGGACCAAAACGCUGCCCCCAUCCGUUGACGUUCGACGAAGACAUCGAGUUGCAUUUGAAUUACGUUGACGCCGCUGCCCGACUGAAGGCAUACCUCUACGGAAUCGAUACCAAAGCUGUGACCAAGGAACAGGUGAAAAAGCUCGUCAAAGCUGUGAAAGUGCCCGAAUUCAAGGUGAAACAAGGCGUGGUGAUCGCGGUCACCGAGGCCGAAGCCCAACAGCAGUCGCAGGUGGGCGACCUGGACUCGAUACAGAGCGUCGUCAAGAGCAUCCCCGCCCCUGAGCAGUUCAAGAACUUCACUCUGAAACCGAUCGAGUUCGAGAAAGACGACGAUACGAAUUUCCACAUGGACUUUAUUGUGGCCUGUUCGAACCUCCGGGCCGAGAACUACGACAUUGCCCCGGCCGACAGACACCAAUCGAAGCUCAUCGCCGGCAAAAUCAUCCCCGCCAUCGCUACGACGACGGCUCUCGUCUCUGGACUCGUGUGCCUCGAAAUGUACAAAAUUAUUCAAGGCCACAAAUCGAUCGAGGCCUACAAGAAUACUUUCAUCAAUCUCUCGCUGCCCUACAUCGGCUUCGCGGAACCGAUGCCCGCCCCUAAGAUCAAAUACUACGAAACCGAGUUCACGCUGUGGGAUCGGUUUGAUCUCGAGGGUGAAAUGACUCUCCAGGAGUUCAUCGACUACUUCAAAACGAAGCACGACCUCGAAAUUACCAUGCUCUCUCAAGGAGUUCAGAUGCUGUUCGCUUUCUUCAUGCCGCCCCAGAAGAAACAAGAUCGUCUUAAAAUGAAAAUGACCGAAGUCGUGGAGAGUGUUAGUCAAAAACGAAUUCCCUCUCACAUCAAGUCGUUGGUCUUUGAGCUGUGCUGUAGCAAUCUCGCCGGGGAUGACAUCGAGGUUCCCUACGUGAAUUAUAGACUUGGAAACAGAUCGUGAACUGGACACUCCCCAAUCAACUUCGAACGGAAGAAGGUUUUUAUUUAAUGAGCGGAGUCGGUCGAGCUAACUCCACUGAGUUCUGAAACAAACAACAAAACAGACACACGAACAUGAGCACACUCGGAACUACCAACAACAACACAAGGAUACAGGAAGAUGGAACACCAGAUUCGAAAUUGAAUCCAUGGCGAUUGAUGUUGCGUCAAAUAAAUCCCCCAUGGGUCGCGCUUGAUGCGAUUUUUCAUUUUCGAAUAAAGGAGACUUUUU